AUGAAUCAACAAAAUGUUAGAGAUAUAGAGUUAAGAGAACAAGAUCGUUGGCUACCAAUAGCAAAUGUGUCCCGUAUAAUGAAAACAACAUUACCACCAACAGCAAAGGUUUCUAAAGAUGCUAAAGAAUGUAUGCAAGAAUGUGUAUCUGAAUUCAUAUCAUUCAUCACAAGUGAAGCCAGCGACAAGUGUCUUAAAGAGAAAAGAAAAACUAUCAAUGGAGAAGAUAUAUUAUAUUCAAUGUAUGACUUGGGAUUUGAAAACUAUGCAGAAGUAUUAAAGAUUUAUCUUGCUAAAUAUCGUGAACAACAGGCUUUAAGACAAGAACGUGGUGAAACUAGAAUUUCCAAGAAACAAGCCAAACUAAUGGCAGCCGCAGCUGCAGCAGCUGCCGCCGCCAAAACAAAUGAAGAAGGAGUAGUAGUAGAAGAAGAAGAAGAAGGACCACAACAAGAUGGCCAACAACUACAAGGAGGACCGAAUGAACAAGUUCAAGAACAACAACAACAACAAUCAGAUGAACUAGUGAGUGAAGAAGGUCAAGGACAAGGCCAAGAGGAUGUACAAGAAGUAGGUGACGUUGAACUAAACGAGGAAGCAGUAAUACAGGUAUCGGAAUCUGUUUCUGCUACCCCAACAGUAGAAAAUGAUGAGACAAACCUUGUUGACGUAGCAACACAAAUUGAAAACAACGAGUACAUAGAUAUAUAG